AUGAGAAAAUUUGAUGUUAUAUCCAACUGUUGUGAUCCCAAGUUCAAAGGUGAUUGCCCUCUGAAGAUAAAAGAACCUGACACAAUUCUAAUCUCUGACAAAUCAGAGAUAAAUGAGAAAAAAUUCCAGUUCAACCAUGUGUUUUGGUCAUGUAAUGGCCACAGGAAACGUCCUGAUGGCUAUCUGGAACCCGAUGGACCAAAUAGCAUUUAUGCCGAUCAAGAGAAAGUAUUUAAAGAAACUGGAAAAGAACUAGUAAUUCAUUUACUGGACGGGUAUAACUGCACCUUAUUUGCCUACGGACAGACUGGAAGUGGAAAAUCCUACUCAUUAAUGGAGCGUGGAGUGAACAAAGGUUUACUUCCAAGAAUAAGUAUCCAGAUCUUUAGAGCUAUCAAUGAUAAUGGGGACGAGGAUGUUGAGUAUCAGAUAUCGUUUAGUAUGCUGGAAAUCUACAAUGAGGGAGUGUAUGACCUAUUGGCGACAGAAGCAAACAGACAAAAACUUACUGUCAUGGAAAAUAAAGCAAAACACCUUCGUCGUAUUCCUGUAUCGAGUCCAGAGCAGUUAUGGGGUCACUUGAAGUCGGGCUAUCAAAAUAGAUCCAUAGCAGCCACCAAAAUGAACCAACAAAGCAGCAGAGCUCACACUAUUGUCACGAUAUACCUGAAGAAUUUAAACUCAAAAUACAAAACACAGAGAACUUCUCACUUCAACAUCGUCGAUCUGGCCGGGAGCGAGAGGGCGGCCAAGUCUAAAACCGAAGGGGAUCGACUAAAGGAAAGUGGAAAUAUCAAUAAAUCUCUUCUUGCGCUUGGGAAAGUCAUUAACUGUUUGUCAAAAGAGACUACGGAGCGACAUGGGGAACCAAGUCCAAAUUAUAGAGAAUCUAAGCUUACUCUUUUACUGAAAGAUUCUUUGGGCGGAAACAGCAAAACAGUCAUGUUAGCUGCGGUGAGUCCAAUGGUGUCUAACUACUUUGAAACUAUGAGCACACUCCGCUACGCAUCCAAUGUAAAGUGUAUUACCAAUAAGUCCAAGGUAAAUGAAGCAGAACGCAUAGAAGACAAAGGCAUCGAAGACGUUUUGCAGAAAUUAAAUAAAACCAAAGAACAGUUGGUUAAUGCUAAGAAGGAACAUCGAGAUGACGUUGUCAGACUGCAGACAGAAAUAGAAGAAUUGCGAUCACAGUUGAGUAAAGCAAAUGCAGAUCAAAAGGGAACAGACGAUUUUCCAAGUAACCCUGAGAACCAAGACAAAAGCCUUAAAUCUGUCCCACAUUUGUUAAACUUAAACGAAGACGCCACGUUGUCAAAACUUGUCCAAUUUUUCAUCGAAAAGGGUCAGAACCUAUGUGUUGGAGGCAGAAAGUCAACUGAUGUACACAAUGAAAAAUAUAUACAGAUAGGAAGUAUUGAAAGCGACAAAUUAGCAGUGAUCCGAAAUAAGAAUGGGAAAGUAUUUCUAAAACCCUUCAAAGAGAAUGGCGUAGCCGUUAACGGGAAAAGGUUGACAGAAACAAAAGAGUGUCGCAUUAACCACAGAGACAGGUUGAUGCUGGGAAAUACACGAGCACUGUAUGUUUUUGUGGAUCCAACAGAUGUUAAUUUCGAGAAACUUGAGGACAUCACGUUUGAAAUGGCUUCAGACGAAAUUUUACUUCAUGUGGACAUUGAACAACCGAUACCAAGCGAUGAGUUAACUUUAAAGAUGAAGGUUAAGAGGCGACAGGAAGAUGUGGGAGAAGCUAACGCUAAGGCAGUAACGUUAGACAAACCCUUGAAGUUUGAACUCCAACUAACUAGCGCAUAUUUUCUAGGAAUGAAUGACCCAUCAAGUGUGGUAAUAGUUAAUGUGCUGAAUAAAACCAACAAGUGUCGAUACAUCUGGACAGAGGAUGAGUUUUUGGACGCACUAGCAACAAUGAAUGACGAUAAGGGAACGGAAGACGAUGAUGACAAUGAAACUCGCGUUGACCCCUUUGAUAUAGAUUGCGACACGUGCUAUACACCAAUAGGAAUAGCAUUCAUUGAUGUACAGUCCUUGUCCUCUAAUCAGAGCGUUCCAAAAUGCGUCAAAGAUGUUGCAGAUUCGUCAGCGAAAAUCAUCGGGACAAUCUCAAUCUCAUUUGACAUUUGCUCUAAGAAAUGGAUUGUCCAAAAUCGACCAAAGAAGCUUUCACCCGUAAAUAUAAUGAACACAUCCAUGUUCCUGAAGAUUUGCAUCAAUCAGAUUAAAUUCGUGGAAAAUAUUGGAGAAGGCUAUACAAAGAUCAAGUGUUCAUUUGACUUACCAAGCGAGGAGGACGACGGGAAUACGAGACGCAUGGAAACGAAAGAGUCCAAUGGGGAGCUACCUAUAUUUAACUUCGAGAAAAAGUGGGAAAUUCCAUCGGUGAACGAAAAGCACCUGGAAUUCUUCAAUGACACGCCAAUUGUCAGGGUAUGGGGGAUUCCAAAACCGGUUCCUGGAUCACACAAUCCUCGCGGGAAUAUACGAGAAGUAACAGAAUUAUUGAGAGAAAAGGAAGAAAUAAUCAAAGGUCUGAAGGGGGAGAGAAAUAAAUUGAGAGAGGAAAAAGAUGAACUGACGAAGGCAGUUCAACGACAACGCACCACCACAAACUAAAUAAAAAACGAUAAGAUUAACUUGAUUCCUUGUGAAACGAACGUUAUUAGAGCUAAAUUUUACAUGCAUGUUUUAAAACAGAUGUACUUGUAGAUAUUCCUGAAAGAAAUGUGCCGUUUACUAUAUGUACAUGUACCUACAGUUUACUAUAUCUAACUACAGUUAAGAAAUAAGAUAACAUUUUUGAGUGUUAUUGGGACAUGACAUAAAGUUCGUACAUAAUCAAAUCUACUAUAUAACGCACUUCGGGCGUUCAGGGAUUUAGAUCACUUGACCAACUUCAUGUCAUUUAAACAAAAAAAUGCUGUCUUUGUUGUUUCAUUGGGUGAUGAAGGUAGCAGGCAUUGCUGAAAAAAAUCAUAACUCGCGUAAGUGGGAUAUAUGAAUUCUAUAGAGAGUAGUUGGUUUUUUACUGGGCUGUAAGUCUGCAUUAUGAAUCACCCGAUGAAUCAACAAAGAAAGACAUUUUAUGGGAUUAUAUUAUUAUGCAAUUUUUAAAAAUAUAUUAGCUAAAUUUAAGCAAUAAAAUACCGUAUGGUUGACCCAUUCGUUACGUUAAACGGAACAGCGAAUGCACACUUUGACCUUGAUUACGCUUCAUGUUAGGUACAAAUUAUGCAGAUAGGUUGUACUAAAAAUCCGGAUCGAACCAGUGUGCACCAAACAUGUAUUCAUUGUCGCACAGGAGAGCAAUGUCAAUUUCUAAAGAAAUAUAAGAGAAAAGGUUCAGUGAAUGUAAAUAUAGCCUAAUAGCACUCAAAAUUAUAUUUGUAUUCAUUUGUGAUUUGUGUUCUUACCGGACUUGAACUAUAUUUAUGCAACAGAUGACCCACCACCGUAUAUAGCGUCACACUAUAAUUGAUUAUUAUUAUUGAUCAUUCCGAAAUAAAUCACAAAAAAUUCACAUAAGUGAGUGCUUGUAUCAGUCUUUCGGCGGUAAAACCAUACUUCAUAAGAGGUGUUUUAACGAGUCAUUAAAUACAAAAUUAGUGUAAUGAGCUACCUUAAUUAAACAAAUUGACUUGAUUUCUGAUGUUGGGUUAAAAGUUAUUUUUGUUCGAACCCUAAUUUCUAAAUGUGUCGUUUUUCGGUGGAGUGUGAUAUUUGUUUAUGUAAUUUAUGUCUCUUGGUAAAGAUGCGGGCGGGUUAAAAAAAAAAACGUACCCCGUGUCACAGCAGAUGUGGCAUGAUAAAGGUCCCUCCCUCUUUAUAUGCCAUAAUCGCUUACCAUAGACUUAAAAGUUGCAAUGGUGACGUCUUCAUAUGAGUGAAAAAUUCUUGAGAGGGACGUUCAACAACAUACAAUCAAUCAAUCAUGUAUUGUGUUAAAUCAUCAUUUUCAACAUUGCAUACCUACUUCUGAAACGCAAACGAAGUGUUUGAGGUAAGUACGGGUUUCUGAAAUUCGGGGACAACUUUUAUUGAUUAAGAUAUAUCUACGACACUGUAUGCAAUAUGAUGUUUGCAGAAAAAGUGUGUAUUUUAUGAGAAAAUCAAUAUCAUACUCAGUGCAAACUGAUUCAUUAAAACACCUCCUAUGAAGUGUCACAAUUUGUACAUAGUCACUUAUUUUGUCCCUAAUUGUGCUUCAUAACCUGUAUGAGAGUGUAACUAUAUUUAGGCGAGAGUGAGGUCACGUGUUUUGUAAAACCAGUUCUAAAGGGUGUGUUAGUUCAGCACGAGUUGUCGAGAAGAUGUGUCCUUCAAACAAUAGCACUUAAGCCAUCUCUGUGUGGACCUGUGUGGUCAUAUAAAUGACCUGUGUGGUCAUAGAACUGUUCUGUGUGGUGGUACUGUUCUGUGUGUUGGUGGUGCCGUUUAUUCUGUACGUGUUGUUAUAGAACUGUCCUGUGUGGUGGUGUUAUUCUGGGUGUUGAUGGUGCCGUUUUUGCUGUGUGAAAUCCUGUGUUUUUGCGAUAAUUAACUCAGUGUAAAUAUUCUGUAUAUAUAUGCACAAUUACAUAUAUUCUUUUCGUUAAUCUAAUGAUGUUAUACAGUUAAGAUGCAUUUGUAUAUGUAGAAAUCCCGACUAUAACCCGACCAUGAACGAUUAUUAUAGGUGACCUCUGAUCUGUACUCCUUGAGGCGAUUCACGUAAUCCAUGUACUGGUUUUGUCUACUGGUACUGCAUGUGAGUGUUUCUGUACUACUAGCAUUGCCAAACUCUACUUUUACUACAGGUACCAGCGUAUUAUACCUCGAUGAGGCACAAUGAGAAAUCUCUGAAAUGCGAGUUACAACUAUGUAUAUCAAGUGGUGACAUAAACAACAUGUGCAAGUAUCCUUACCAUGUGUGCGCAUCGCAUGGUGAACCAAUGAACCAUUGAACGUUCCAUUUACUGUUCGUUAUCUUCACCUUGCAUUUACCUGUAUAUUGGUCGCGGUUUUCAUGAAAUAGACUGUCUAUCUUAAAGCGAAGUACAUUGUUUUAUUCUCAUAUGUAAUUUGAGUGUGUGAGUUUUGAGUGCUAUUCAGCGUGUAGAGUGCGAAUGGUUUUGUUUGUGUCCUUUCUGUGUGAAUGUAAAACUUAUACGGUACCAAUUUUGAUGCACCAGAUGCCCAUUUCGACAAAUAAUGUCUCUUCAGUGAUGCUCAACCGAAAUGUUUGAAAUCCGAAAUAACUAUGAAGUUUUAGAGCUAAAUAUAGCCAAAAACAGCGUGCCAAAAAAGUGGAGCCAAAUUCGUCCAACGAUAAGAGCUAUGCAUGAGGGAGAUAAUCCUUAAUUUUGAAAUGAAUUUCUAAAUUUUAUAACAGCAAUUAAAUGUGCAUCCGUAUUUUCAAGCUAGUAACGAAGUACUUAGGUACUGGGCUGUAGAGACCUUCGGGGACUAACUGUCCACCAGCAGAGGCCUCGACCCAGGGGUCAUAAUGUAAAACUUAUACGGUACCAAUUUUGAUGCACCAAAUAAAGUUAUUUCUUCUUUGUGUUUCUUUUCCAUAUGUCAAAGUUCA